UAAAAGGGGGCCAGCCAGGACGCCCUGGGGAGGAGCAGUUGAGACGCGCGAGAACUCGAUAGAAAACAAGUGUUCCAGCAUUCAGUUGGCUUUCGAGACUCGAAGCUAUCGCCAGCAGCAUGUCGACGCUGUUGCUUUCGUUGUUCCGUUAUCAACUUGGCUUGUUUGUUUUGUUGUUCUGGUCGCCUGGCCAUGAUUGCCGUCAGCAACUGGAACUGGACGCCAUCAAAACCAAUUCGCUGAUUGAUAGCUCAGCUUUACUUCUUUCCCUACUACUGGCCACCAAUGGAUCUGCGUUGGCCAGUAAGGAUGACAGUCCAUUCAGCCGCAUGGAGGAUCCUGAACUCGACAUGACCACGCCCCAGUUGAUUGCUCACAGGGGAUAUCCAGUGGAAACUCACGAAGUGACAACAUCUGACGGUUACAUUCUCGAGUUGCAUCGAAUUCCGUACAGCAGGCAAGUGCCAAGUCGUUUUCAACGCGCCAAACAGUUUGGCAAUAAAUAUGCAAAGCGCGUGUCAACAAGACCGGUCGUCUUCCUCCAGCACGGAUUGCUUUGCUCUUCGUCCGAUUGGGUGCUCAACCCAACCGACAGGGGUUUAGCCUACAUGCUGGCGGACCGAGGCUACGAUGUCUGGAUGGGUAACGCCCGAGGCAACACCUAUUCUAAGAAACACAUCUUCCUGAAGGAGAGCGACGAGGCCUUUUGGAGAUUCACGUGGGACGAAAUGGGUCUGUACGACAUUCCGGCGACAUUGGAGUACAUCCUGAGGACCACUGGCCGUCAGAAGUUGAUCUACGUCGGCCAUUCGAUGGGCACGACCAUGUUCUGGGUCGCCAUGGAAACGCAUCCCGAGCUCAACGAGAAAAUUGAACUGAUGGUGGGAUUGGCACCAGUGGCUUCCGUCUCUAGAAUGAAAUCACCUAUUAGAAUAUUCACGCCAUUCAUUCACGAAUUUCAGUUGAUGUUCGAGUGGUUUGGAACAAAGGCCUUCCUACCAUCAGGACCUGUCCUGAAACUCUUGAGCAGGCUGUUUUGCGAUCAAACCAAAUGGGAAGAGGAUUUCUGUGAAAACAUUUUCUUUCUGCUAUCAGGCUCGGAUCCUGCCAAUUUUAAUGAGGAAAUGGUGCCUCUCAUUACAACCCACACUCCAGCGGGAACAUCGACCUACACCAUCUUUCAUUACAUGCAAGAAUACUCUACGGUUGAAAGAUACACGCGGAUGGAUUGGGGCGCCAAAGCCAACAUGGAAGAGUACGGCCAGCCGACGCCCCCGCCCUAUAAUCUAACCAAAGUCACGGCGCCUGUCGUCCUCUUCUGGGGCGAGAACGACUGGCUAGCCGCGCCCAAGGACGUGACGUGGCUGGCCAAAAGACUGGCAAACCUACAAGGAUUCUACCGGGUCAACAUGACGGCCUUCAAUCACUUGGACUUCCUCUGGGCAACCAAUGUCGACCAGCUACUCUACAACAAUCUCAUCGAACUCCUCCCAUAUUCUUAUUGAAAAGAUGAUGAUCGCACCACCACCGGGCAGAGACAUCAAAUGAAUUUUUAAUCAUUUUACAAGAAUCGAGUCAUCGCAUUUGCGUCUCAACUUCAAUGUUCAAGGCAUUUUUCAUUCCACAGCAAACGAAGAUAAAUUUAUAAAAGAUUUUGAAUAAGUUUCGUGGGUCGCCGUUUGUCAGCCACGUGAGUUACGUGUAGAACAGUGUCGACCGACUCCUAGUUUUGUCUUCGAUUUGAUUACCGUCGAGUACUUUAUUCCGUGAUUCGCUGUUCCUUCUCGUCUAGUUUCUAAUGUCACGAUGUGUGUUUCCACCACUGAUGGCGUGUUUCGUUGGCCUGUGCUAUGCAACAAUGUUCUCCAAUAUUUUUUUAGUCACAAUAUUAUACAUGUCUGUCGUACUCGUUACUAAAUUCGAUGAUAUGUAAUUGUACAAUACAAACGCAUACGUAACUGAA